CGGAUCGCCCGCGGCCUAAUCGAGUUUUUUUUUUAUCCCCAUUGAUAUCUCUAUUAGCACUGCUGUGCUAAACUCACGAUUCCGGGGUUCGUCCGUUGCUCCGCUUCUAUUUCAGCCCCAAGAAUAACUUAUAUUCUCCCUCGCGUCCCGUGGCCAUUUUAGCUUUGGGCACGCGAUUCCAGCAAGGAGUUACUUCCUAUUUGCGGUGGAUGCUGUCCCAGCAUCCACCGCAAAAUCUCGUUCAUGCGCAGUGUCGAAUGUUCCCUGGCGGCUUGAGCGUCUCUGUUGCCAUCGCAACGGCAGGCGUAUGAAUGAAAAGUUCCCGCCCCGUUGUGAUGAUAACAGAGCCUCGUGUAAUACAGCAACAGACUGAGAGACUCACAGCAGAGAAGACCGGACUAGCAAGAUAAUAUUCAAAAGAUAUAAAAAUCUAAUCCACCAUUGAAAUGGAGAGUGAUCCCAGAUCUCCUGCGGAAAGAGCAGCAAGCUACAGCUUAUUGAGUGAAGAGGAAAGAUGGAAUAUUCUUAGAAAUCAGUUGUUAGCUAGGUAUCCACCACGAGAAAAUGAUCCGGCAUUCCCAAUCAACCCGACCAUUGGCUCUUCUACCAGGAGUGAUUCCUCCCAAUCACAAGUGACUGACAGAAUCGGAACCACAAAUUGGUGUUCAUGCCAGAAUUGCAUUGCAAUGCCCACGAACGUUGAAGCCGUUUGCUGCCAAGAACUUGAGGAAGUCAAAGAAUAUAUUCCACCAGGAAAAAUUUGCAUAACAGAAGUUGAAAUUUUCAAUACAGUGGUAGCCUCAGAUAGACUAAUACCAAUAAUAAACAAUAUAGUAUUUUAUGACGAACGACCAGAGGUAGAUCCUGAUAACAACAGGAGAUUAAGAAAAAUAGCAUAUAGGACAUAUAUAUCCUGUAUCUAUGGCUUCCUAGGGAAAGGUAACAGGAGGGUGAUCCCGUCAUGUGCAGUCAACAUCAUACGCCUGCUUUUUCCAGAUCCCAAUGGUAGAUAUGUAGGAUUUAUGUAUUCUGAGGACUAUAAUGCAUCAGAGAUGGCUUAUCAUUAA